AUGGAUUUGAAUUUGGUUAGUAUCCAAAAAGUAACACUUGGCGAGCUGUGUAAAAGCACGUCCGACGACACGAAAAUGGUACGAUCCGAGAGCGCUGAUGAAGAAAUGGCAGUCUCGGACAAAUUUGACGCUACUGCCAACGAGGACGAUGACGAAUUCUCGCCUCAGCCUAUUUGGGCAACGAACGGAACGCAUACAGAGUCUGGGAAAGGGAACGGCGGCGUCCCGAACAGGCCGGUAUCACGCUCGGCGUCGUCGUUGUCGCCAAAUUCUAGCGAUCCUGACCGGCGAUUGAGACGACAAAUCGCAAACUGUAAUGAGCGUCGCCGUAUGCAAUCCAUCAAUGCGGGAUUCCAAUCGUUACGCGCCCUGUUGCCGCGAAAAGAAGGCGAGAAAUUGUCGAAAGCUGCGAUUUUGCAACAUACCGCAGACCUCAUACAACAGCUUCAGAGCGAACGAUCACGUUAUUUAGAUAAAGAUGAGGCUGGCGGAAAGAAGCCGAAAAUAGAGAUUGAAGAUUGCAACGAAUUUGAUCAACAACGUUCGAUGAUUGAUAGCCUUCAAAUGGCUUUGGAACGAGAACGUACCGCCCGCUUGUUCUUGGAACAACAACUAAACCAAUUGCGAGAAAUGUACCAGAAUGGUCUAAGUGCAGCGGUCACUUCAGCAUCCGCCAACUCACCGCAGCAGCGUCAACCACAGCAACAACAAACGUCAGCUGUGAACUCGGCGCCAAAAAUCACUACCACCACCACCACCGCCGCAAUAAGUGUGCAUGACUCGGUGAUAAGACCAACACCGCUUAUAGCACCAAUUUCAGUUGAUGUGUCGCCGCGUAUGUCGGUGCCUAUGCCACCAACACCGUCGCCUCUGUUACCGUCGUCAAUUCCAUCACAUCCUGCCAAUGGACCACUUUCCGCGCCUUCUGCCUUCAGUUCGUCAUCGAUCACUGCUCAUCGCUCACUGCAGACGAUUCUGGAUGCGAUAAGACAUCUGGAAGGUGGUGCAUUAGUUCCAUCGACUCCUUCGCCGCCGCCUCCAAGUUCUCAAGCGCCUCUAGUACGGUAA